AUGUCUGAGAAGUCUCCCCUUCUCAACUAUCGACCCACCAACAGCACCCGCGCCUGCGGCGGUCCGGAGUCGAAGGAUGAGCCCGCAAACAGGAGGCCCAAGCCGGGCGAAGACCGAGGUCACCGUCUGUAUGCCCCUAAAAGCGACCGAAAGCUCGGCGUGCUUUUCGGAGUCGUUAUUCCGACGUUGCUGUCUAUGUUUAGCGUCGUCGUGUUUCUGCGAAUUGGAUUUGUUGUGGGUCAAGCAGGGCUGUACCAGGCCAUCGCCAUGUUCUUUCUGGCCUAUGUCAUUAUCACAAUGACUGUCCUUUCCGUCUGCGCCAUCUCAACUAAUGGAGCCUUGGAUGCGGGAGGUGCCUAUUACAUGAUCAGUCGAGCGCUGGGUCCAGAGUUUGGUGGCAGUAUUGGAAUCAUGUUUUUCUUUGCCAAUGUGUGUGGCAGCGCGCUCUACAUUUUGGGUCUGGUUGAAGCAAUCACGUCUGCCUUUGGCAUCCCAGAAGCUUCACAGUCUGCGGCGGUUAUUGGAGCCUCCCAUCGAGUGUUGCCUUCAGGAUACUGGUGGUCUUUGCUUUAUGGCACUGUGCUGCUCUUAAUUUGUUUCCUUGUUUGUUUGGUAGGCGCCCACAUCUAUGCCAAAGCCACUUUUAUCAUCUUCCUCAUCGUCACAACUAUCCUGGCAUCCAUCUUUAGCAGCUUCUUCGCUGUAGAGCCCAGGAUGAUCACACUUCCAGAUUCCUCCGUUAUGAACACUUCGACCCAGACCACUGCCAAUUAUACUGGCCUCCGACUGCACACUUUGGAGGGCAACCUAUGGGCUAGUUACACAGUUGACUAUACCACUGGAGCCAUGAUGAAUUUUGCCACUGUGUUUGCAGUCAUGUUCAAUGGUUGCACUGGAAUCAUGGCUGGAUCUAACAUGUCAGGUGACUUGAGGAACCCAAGCUAUUCCAUCCCCAGAGGAACCUUGGUGGCCAUUUUUACAACUUUCAUCACAUACAACCUGCUAAGUCUGCUGGUUGCAUUGUCUUGUGAACGUCCCAUUCUCCAAAGAGACUACAGUUUCUUUGGGGCCAUCAAUGUUUGGCCUCCUCUGGUCACAGUUGGUGUCUACUCCUCGGCCAUGUCCGCUGCCAUGAGCAACCUAAUUGGAGCCUCCAGAGUCCUGUACGCACUAUCCAAAGACGACCUGUUUGGUGGUGUACUUGCCCUGGCAAGGAAGACAUCCCAUAGUGGUAACCCCUGGGCCUCAGUGCUUGCUUCUUGGCUGCUUGUACAGAUGGUGCUGUUUGCUGGGAAAUUGAACUCCAUCGCUGGCAUUGUGACCAUCUUCUUCUUGGUGGUGUAUGCCACUGUGAACCUGGCCUGUUUGGCUCUGGAGUGGGCAUCUGCGCCAAACUUUAGGCCCUCCUUCCGUUGUUUCACAUGGCACACCUGCACACUGGGCAUUCUUGGCAGCCUGGUCAUGAUAUUCCUAAUCAAUGCUAUCUAUGCUUUUGCCAGCAUAGCAUUUAUGCUGCUGCUCCUAAUGCUCAUACAUUACCUCGGACCGAUCAGUAACUGGGGCUACGUCAGCCAGGCUCUCAUCUUCCACCAGGUCCGUAAGUACCUCCUGAUGCUGGACGUGCGCAAGGACCAUGUCAAAUUCUGGAGACCUCAAGUGCUGCUAAUGGUGGCCAACCCUCGUAGUUGUAUAGGCCUGCUAAUGUUUGUUAAUGACCUGAAGAAGAGUGGCCUCUAUGUACUGGGUCAUGUCAAACUAGGAUUGCUGGAUGAGUUGGCGUCUGAUCCUUUGCAGAGCUGUUAUGACUCUUGGCUGUCUUUAGUGGACCAUUUGAACAUCAAAGCCUUUGUUAACCUCACCUUGGCCGACUCUGUUAGACGUGGAGUUCAGAACCUUCUUUUCAUCACAGGCUUUGGCGGGAUGAGGCCAAACACUCUUGUCUUGGGUUUCUAUGACAACUGCCCCCCUGGAGACCACCUCCAAGGACAAGUUAUUUUACCUCCAGACCAUGGCUUGGAUAUAGUAUGUCCAAACAAAGGCCCAGGAGAACCACUGUUCCCUUUCUUCUCUAGUGUACGUGAUGCUGAUAAACCCAAAGACCUCAAGGAAGAGGAGUAUGUGUCAGUUAUUACCGAUGCUAUAAAAAUGGGCAAAAAUGUGACACUGGCUCGAUAUUUCAGCCGGUUCAACAGGGAAGACGUUUUGGGAUGUGGGAGAAAGACCAGAACUUGCCAAGGCAUGGCAGGCCCGUUUGUUGACGUUUGGCCGCUGAAUCUGCUGCGACCGGACAAUCGUGGCUACGUGGACAUUUGCUCUCUGUUUCUGCUUCAGCUGGCCUGCAUACUUCACGAAACCCGUGCCUGGAGCCAGGCCAGGUUGCGCGUUUUCCUGUGCGUUGAGGCUGGGGGAAGAAUGCGGGACGAGGAGGAGGCCAAGCUGCGACUGAUGCUCAAGGAACUCAGAAUGUCUGCGCAAGUGCAGAUGGUGGCUUGGGACCAGGUGGUGGCACUACACUGGGGAAGACGAGAGAGGGCUACUGAAGAGGAAUGGAGCGAGGAAGUGGAGGAUGGACCUAAAGAAACAUUUCCCAGCAAUGCAGCACUGCUAACAGAUGAGUACGUUCACGCCGUCAACUGUCUUAUUCGAAAACACGGAGCACCCCAGCCGGCUGUGCGCUUCCUGUAUUUGCCGCACCCGCCUGCAGAUUCAAGCCGGUACCGGGCCUACCUGCACCAGGUGGACCUAUUGAGUCAGGAUUUGGGUCCGACGUUGCUCAUCCACGGAGUCACUCCAGUUGUCACCACAGACAUCUAG